AAUGAGACCAUCUUUCGGAAAAAAAGUAAAAUAAGACGAUUCUGAUAAUAAAUUUAGAGAGAAGGUAUAUCGCUCUAUGUAUCCAUCUCCUUGUUCGUCAUAGUAAAUAUAUAUUUUUGAUAUUGUUAGUGAUCCAAACAAAUGGCUACAAAAUAAUGAUAUCUCAUGGUUGUCUCAUUCAUUGGAAUAGGACAUUGAUAAAAUCUUAUAAAUUGCUGCUCCAUAACCAAUAAAACCACAAAAUAAUAGAAGAGCUAGUGCAAACGAUAUUAGGGAAGAAUUUGAUGACAAAAUAGGAAAAUAGAAGAGAAACACUUGGUAUGUUGACAAGCAGCAUGAAGAUUAACCUAAAAAUAGUAAACUCAAGAUAAAUAUGAGUUCUAUAAUUUGUGAAUUCCCAAUUUAAAAAGUUUCGCGGUAAUCAAUAUCAGAUCAACCUAAAACACCAAAUUGUUAAAAGUCUUUUAUGGAAGCCAUUAUAUAAAGAUAUUAGCAAUAAAAUGAAUAAUAAUAAGAUGAUUAGUUUGAAAAAGAAAAAAAAUAUUUAUUUUAAAGUGAUAAAAAAUAAUAAAUAAUUGAACCUGAAAUUUAUGACAAUUAAAUAGAUGAUAAUUUAUUAAAUGAAGAAGAAUAAUAAAAUAUUUCGAUUACUGAAUAGAAUCCUAUAUAAUAAAAGAAUAAAAAAUAGACAAAACCUAAAAAAGUUGGUAGAAAAAAGAAAUCAAUUAUGCCAGCACCUAAAAGAAAAUAUAAAUAAACUAAAAAAUAAGAAAGAAUAUAAGAAUUACCUUAACCAGCAUAAACUGAAUUAUAUUAAGAAAAAACUAAAUAUAUAAGACCAUCAUAAACUAUAGAUUAACCUAUAUUUAAUACAAAAUAAUGUUGGGCUAGAAUGUAAUUUAGAAAAGAAGCCAAAAAGUACGAGAAAUAUUAAACAUAAGAAUUUAAAGAUUUAUUACAUUCUUUACCUGGUUGUUAUAUUCAUAAAUGUGAAGGAGAUUUGAGAAUAGAUAAGAUAAGACCAAUGUAAAAUGCAAAAGGAAAAUUCUUUUAAUCAUUUGAAAUGUGGAUAAAUCCAUUAGUACUUAUAGGUCCAAUCAAAAUGAAUAAUUCAGUUAAAUUAGUAAAUAUAAUUAUUAAUAUUAGCAUGUAAGAUUUAAAAAGGGAUAUUCAGGAUAAGUUUAUUGUGACAGUGCAUUAUAAGAAACAUUACCUUUAAAUUAAGUUGAUGGAAAAACAUUUCACAAAUAAAAAUUAAUGCUUGCUAAUAAUUCUGAUCAUGUUAUUAAAUUAGUCUGUUGUUUAGUUAAUAUAACAAUUAGAGGUCCAUCAAAAAGAUGUAAAUGA